AUGAUCCACAUUCAUAUAGGCGGGGCAGGAGUGAUGAUAGGAGAUAUACUUUGGAAACUAUACCAUAAAGAAGAACCAGAUAUGUCUUAUAAACAUUCAAUCUUUGAGGAAGUCAAAAAUGGAUAUGUACCAAGAGCAUUAUUUGUUGAUUUGGAUGAUAGAAUGAUAACUUAGAUAAAGAAAAAUCGUAAUUUUCAUUAUCAUCCUUCUUAUUUAAUAAAUUCAAAAGAAGAUGGAUCAAAUAAUUACAGUAAAGGGUAUUAUACCCUAGGAAAGGAUUUACAUCCUAAAGUCGAAGAACAAUUAAGAAAAUUAUGUGAAGCUUGUGAUAGAGUGCAAUAAUUCAUUUUUACUUAAAGCAUUUGUGGAGGCACAGGAUCAGGUUAUCAAUCAUUACUAAUACAUGAAAUUUCUAAAAAUUAUAACAAAACUUUUCAAACUGGCUUUUCUAUUUAUCCAUCAGCUAAAAUGAAUAAUAAUACUGUUUAUCCUUAUAAUGCUAUGCUUAGUAUACAUUAACUGGUUGAAUAUUAUGAUGCUUAAGUCCUUUUUGAUAAUGAAACUAUGUAUUAGAUGUUAUAAAAUACUAUAGAAUUGGAUCAUUUUGACUAUUCUCAUUUAAAUAAUCUAAUAGCUUAAACAAUAAGUUCUUACACAAGUAUUAAUAGAUUUUGUAAUAAAAACAACGAAUAAAUUUUGAGUACAAUAGUUCCAUAUCCAAGAAUCUAAUUUAUAACACCUUCAUAUGGUCCAUUAAUUGAUAUUAAUGAUUAUAAAAGGAAUUAUUUAUCUUAAAAAUAAUUGUUAGAAUAUAUUUUUAAUAGAAGGUCUAAAUUAUAUUAAAGCGAAAUUACACCUUUUAAUUUAGCUACUUCAUUAAUUUCACGAGGAUUGAAUGCAGAUUAAAUUCAAAAAGAACAUUAAAAUUAAAUUUAUUAUCAUAAUUAUUAUGAAUAGAAAACUAAUUAUUUUGUAUCAAAUUAAAAAAACUAUUCAGUUUUAGAAUAAUUGACAGAAAUUAAUUAAACUUAAACUUUAUUUUCUAAUGAUUUAAUGAUAAAAAGAAAAUUAGAGAAAAUAGGAUAUGAUUUUGAUAUCUUAUAUAGCAAAAGAGCUUUUACAUUUUGGUUUGUAGGAGAAGGUUUAGAAUCUGGAGAACUUUCAGAAUGUAGAGAAAAUUUUGAAUAGUUAAUGAUGGAUUAUUAAAAUUUAUUGAAAAUUGAUGAUGAUAUUGAUGAAGAUAUUUCAAAUGAAUCUUAUGAUUCUUAAUUAUCAUGA